GGCUACACGUCACAUGGAGUUUCGUACAUUGACGCGGGAUCAUGUCAGGUAAAAUGAUUUGCGGAAUAAAGCAGCACCAGGUUUUUUUAAUCAUUCAUUUUUUCGACAACUACAGGUCCAAGUACGUGUAACUACUGGACAUCUAGGACAACUCUAAUUAAAUCUAUGUACAAUUAUUCAUUUUUACGAGCAGAAAGCCAAAGCCAAAGGCAGCGUGGUUAGUGUUAAAGAAUAUGCCCGACGCUUUAGUCCGUUGUAGAUAUGUUAGUGUCGAGAUGAAAAAUUCUACGUUUUUUCAUGGACUGAAAUAUGUUAAAGAUUUCUAGAUAGAAGACUUCCUGUCCGUAAGGUCCAAAAUUGCGAUACGACCAGGUUCAGUUUCCUUACAACGCAGUUGAGGGUGUAGAUGGUCGACUCGAGAAUGGUUAUCUACCUCUAGUUGCGGGGGAAACGGUGCGAUGCUUCGGCGGUCAUCCUGAAGAGGGCAAGGGGCACAACCAGUAUGAAUCCUAUUGCUACGCAGAAAAAGAAAUCGAUGGAACAAGAGGUUGGGUUCCAGUGGAUUGCAUAGACCUCCGCAAGGCAAAUCCAAAAACUGCUUCUAGUACUUAGUACCCAAUUUAGCUAAAUUGAUAGGGGCAACAAGAUGAAAAGCAAAAGCCGGAGUUUCUGUGUGAUGACAUACAACUCAGAAAAAAGAAACAAAUAUCGCGGUGUUUUGUUGCAAACUUGUUUGACACUAGAGAUGAAAAAAUUAGAAUUACCAUUACUACAGAGG